AUGUACCGCCUACAGCCCCUUAUCAAGCGCUUGCGAACGUUCCGGGAAGGGCAAGGUCGAUUCAAGGAGAUGCAGGCUACAAGUCGAGCAGCCCGAUAUGGGGGGUAUACUUUGGUCUCACUCUCGGUUACAGCUGUCAUACUGGAUACUAAAGAGUCCCCAAUACCGUCUGAAAGCCUGACGGCCACCUCCCGAAUGGCUACGUUGGACCUACUCCGAUCUUACCUUGUGUGGACAGCUCUCAGUUUUCCCACGCUUGUCGACUUCUCCCCUAGCGCGCUCAGCUUUUUACUUACUACCCGCAUCCCACUACUGCCUACCUUAACAGAGACCAUUGUGCGAGCAACAUUCUUCCCUCAAUUCAUACCCGGAGAAACAGCCGUAGAAUGCCUACCAACCUUGGAGAAACUUCGACGGCAAAAUAUCGGGUCAGCGCUUAACUAUUCGGCGGAGGCAGAUGCUGUCGAGGAGGUGGAUGCGAGGGAUGUGGAGGCGUCGAGGUUUAAGGAGAUCGAGAGAGCUUUGGACGUCCAGGGGGAAUUUGAGAAAAGGAUGCAGCUGAAAGGAUGGUCUCCUGGUAGCUCGGCUUUCGCAGUCAAAGUGAGUGGAAUUGUUGAUUCAGCGGUACUACGAAGGGCGUCAGACGCUCUACAGAUCUCUCGACCGAAAUCUUUGAAAACUAUGGGCAAAGAAGUACCCUAUCCGGGGUUCCCUUCUGAUGACGACUCUGAGAUCCUCAAUCCGUCCCUCACGAUGAGUUUCGAUGCGAUUGUCAAGCACCCCAGUCUGCUGCAGGGUGAUUGUGCCCAGUUGAAGAUUCUCUGGGACCGAUUGGACUCUCUGGCUGAGCGAGCAAAGGCCAAUGGUGUCAAACUUAUUCUGGAUGCAGAAGAGACGUGGCUCAACCCCGCGAUCGAUGGGUAUACACUAUUGUUGAGUAUGAAACACAAUAAGAGAGAUCCUGUGGUAUAUGGUACAUACCAAUCAUAUCUACGACGACAACCUGCUUUUUUGACGGCGUGGAUCGAGCACGCACAAGUACAUCGUUAUUCUUUGGGACUGAAGGUCGUUCGAGGCGGUUAUAUCGUCAAAGAAAAGGCUCUAGGAGAAAAGCAGGGCAAGCCUGGCAAUGGUGCGGUAUGGGCGACCAAAGAUCUGACGGAUGCGUCGUAUGAUGGAAGCGUGGAAAUUGUUCUUGAAACCUUGCGAAAUCAGCUCGACCGUCCGGGAAACAGUUUGCCCCUCGGAGUCAUAUUUGGAACUCAUAACAUGGCUUCUGUGCAGACCAUUAUUGAAACUUUGGAAGCCAAGCGACUGGCCUCCCGCACCGCGUCUGGGAAACUGCGGAUGAACAGUGAAGCGAAGGGCAGAGUGAAUAUUGCUCAGCUUUAUGGCAUGCGAGAUGACCUGUCAGAUGUUGUGUGCACGGCGUUUGAACCUAGUCGAUCGGCAAUAUCGAUGAAAUUCAUUGCUUAUGGCACUUUAAGAGAGACGAUGCCAUUUCUGAGCAGAAGGGCGAUCGAAAACAAAUCGAUCAUGUCUGGACCAAGCGGCGCCGCGGCGGAGAGGAGAAGAGUGGGUGCUGAGCUCAGGCAUCGCUUGAGCUUUAAUUUGUUUUGA